AUGGAUGAUCCCUCGGUUACUAUCUUAUAUGCGGAUGCACACAUGAUCGAUAUUGAAACUAGACUUGAAGGACACGCAAUCUUUAUGACCUUUGUGUAUGGUGACCCUGUUGUUAGACGUCGGGACCUAGUUUGGGAACGAUUGUCACGCAUGAGUACCAACCGUAAUGGGGCGUGGUUUAUGAUUGGAGAUUUCAAUGAGAUCACCGGAAAUCAUGAAAAGAGGGGAGGGAGACGUCGCUUAGAGAGCUCUUUCCUCCCUUUCUGUAUCAUGUUAGAAAAUUGUGGGAUGCUUGACUUUCCAUAUAAAGUCUUGAUUGAAGAAUUGAAGAGAAAGAUAGAUCUUGUUCAAGAUGAUGAAAACUCCACAACAGAGGAGCUGAAGGACCUAAGGAGACAAUUAAUCUUGGCUUUUAAAGAAGAACAUUCUUACUGGGAACAGAAAAGCAGGAACCAGUGGCACAAAUUUGGGGACCGAAACACAAAAUUCCACCACGGCAUCACGAAACAACGAAGAGCUCAAAAUCGGAUCAUCAGCAUAAAAGAUAAGCAUGGAAAGUUAGUCGAGAAGGAAACUGAGGUAGAGAACGUGGCUGUUCAAUACUUUCGGGAUCUUUUCUCUACUUCAUCCCCAACAGAACUAGAUAAUUCCCUACGUUUUGUUUCUGAAAAAGUUUCCCUGGCCGACAAUAGGCUCCUCUUAGAGAAGCCGUCGGAACAAGAGAUUAGGAAAGCUCUUUUUGAUAUCAACCCGGAUAAAGCUCCCGGACCGGAUGGCAUGACUAGCAAAUUGUUUCAGAGAUUCUGGCGAGAGAUGCGGCAGGAUAUUAUUAAACUUGUACAAGACUUCUUUGUGACAGGCUAUUUCGACCCAGCUUUGAACCAAACGAACAUCUGUCUCAUUCCAAAGAAAAAGAAACCUCGAGAUAUGACUGAGUUUCGACCUAUUAGUCUCUGCAAUGUUAGCUACAAGAUUAUUUCUAAGCUACUAUGCAAGAGGCUGAAGAGAGUGAUUCCACGCUUGAUCUCGGAGACACAAUCGGCCUUUGUAGCCAAACGAUUGAUUACUGAUAACAUCCUAAUAGCACAAGAAAGCUUCCAUGCCUUAAGGACGAAUCAGAGAUGUCGCGAAGACUUUAUGGCUAUUAAAACAGAUAUGAGCAAGGCAUAUGAUAUAGUGGAAUGGAGUUUCAUAGCUACUCUACUGCUAAAGAUGGGCUUUGAUGAAAGACUGGUUGACCUCAUUAUGUGUUGUGUCACGUCGGUCUCAUAUCAAGUCCUAGUCAAUGGGCAACCGAGAGGACGAAUUACCCCAAAGAGGAGCCUGAGACAAGGAGAUCCUCUUUCCCCCUUUUUGUUCAUACUAUGUACGGAGAAGAAGAUCGUGGGACUCCGGGUUGCUAGGGCUAGUCCAAGGAUCUCUCAUCUUCUUUUUGCCGAUGAUAGCCUUUUCUUUUGUAAGACAGAGUUAAGCCAAUGCAAAGAGAUUAUGGACAUUUUAGACAUAUAUGGUAAAGCCUCAGGACAAAGACUCAAUGCAUCAAAAUCCUCGAUGUUUUUUGGUAACAAAGUGGAAUCCUCUCGGAAGAAAGAUAUAAAAGAAGUACUAGGAUUCUAUUCUGAAGGAGGCAUGGGAAUGUACCUUGGACUACCAGAACAAAUAUGUGGUUCGAAGAUGAAAGUGUUCUCCUUCGUACAAGACCGGUUCAAUGGUCGAGUCAACAAUUGGUCAUCGAGGCUCUUGUCGAAAGGGGGAAAAGAAGUUCAGAUAAAAUCAGUGGCUCAAGCUGUUCCAACUUAUGUUAUGUCAAGCUUUUUGCUCCCACAAGGCAUUAUUGAUAAGCUGAGGAGUACGACUUCAAAUUUCUGGUGGAGCUCGUCACAAAACAGCAGAGGCUUGCAUUGGAUUUCAUGGAACGAGAUCUGUACCCCCAAAGAUUUGGGAGGACUAGGUUUUCGAGACCUCCAUGAUUUCAACAUUGCGCUUCUUGCAAAACAAUUAUGGCAAUUAAUUCAUUACCCGGAUUCCUUGCUAGCGCGUGUACUAAAAGGAAGGUACUACAACAAUACCUCUCCUCUAGAAGAUCGAAACAUUUAUUCACCAUCUUAUGGGUGGCGGAGUAUCAUGGCAGCAAGACCGCUACUUCUCUCGGGGCUACGGAAAACUAUAUGUUCGGGAAGAGAGACAAGAGUUUGGACAGAGCACUGGAUUCCAGAUUCACUGGCACGACCACCUAGACCCGCGGAGCAUAUAGUUUACAGACUUCCCCAACUUCUUGUUCAGUCUUUUAUUAAGAAUGAUACCAAGGAGUGGGAUAUACAACUUUUACGAGAGUUCUUUCAUCCGGAGGAUAUCCCUUUGAUUCUUGGGCUCAAACCUUCUAGGUCGUUGGCUCCGGAUGGAUAUGUUUGGAAUCACACAAAAUCAGGAGUAUAUUCAGUCAAAACCGGUUAUGAGCUACUCCAAUCGACCAAACGGAGUCUUACACAUACGGGGGUUAGGGAACCAAGCUUUACGAGCCUACAACGGCAGGCAUGGAAGGUCAAGGCUCCGAGCAAGAUGAAACACUUCUUGUGGCAGGCUAUCUCGGGUUGCGUGGCAACGGCAGAGAGACUUACUUAUAGACACCUGGGUACCGAUAGGAGUUGUCCUAGAUGUGCUGUCCCAGUGGAGUCGAUCAAUCAUCUUUUUUUUGAAUGCCCUCCAGCCCUUCAGGUUUGGGCUUUAUCGGACUAUCCGUCCCUUCCGGGUUACUUCCCGUGUUCAUCUAUAUACCAAAACAUGAACUCUCUGUUUUGGAAGAGAAAAGAAGUGGCUCCCAUGAGUCCACAAUUCGACACCUUCCCAUGGAUCUGUUGGUACAUUUGGAAGGCGAGGAACGACAUGCUCUUUAAUGGGAAAGUCGUAUCCCCAUGGAUACUCUCCAACAUGCGUCACUUGAGACAGAAUGUUGGAGGAAGGCUAAUGAAAAAGAAGCAGCAGAGGAGGGACUCGAUGAUCUCCUCACUCUGGAGAUGGAAACAGCGCCCCCUGAGAUACCCCGACUCUCCACCUGCCAAAUCGAUGCCUCAUGGAUCGCUAAUGGCAGCUAGGACCCUCUCAGCUUUACAUGCUGAGAUGGAAAGCCUACUCUGGGCAGCUUCAUGUAUUAGGAACAUGAGGAUAACCACGAUGAGGUUCGAGACAGAUUGCACGGACCUAGUGGAUAUGAUCACAAACCCGGAAGAUUGGCCUGCUUUCGCAAGAGAGACCGAAUUGUUUCAGAGUCUCCAUGAAGGUUUUGAGGAUGUGAGAGUUUCUCAUAUUCCCCGGGAUCGAAAUAGACGGGCAGACGCGUUAGCUAAGGAGGCAAGGAGUAAAAGCUGUAUUUUUACCCACAUAGAUCAGACCCGGUCAGACGGAGGGGAUCCACGGAGAACCGGAACGUCUAACCACCACUUGAUCUAA